ACGUCCGGAUCGAGGGCCGGCGGCCGCCAUCUUUGUGAGGGGCGGCGGGCGAGCGCAGACUCCGAUGCCGGGGAGGAGGAGCGUGAGCGGCGGCGCGGAGCCACGGCCGAGCUUGGCCGUGGCCGUGGCCGUGACCGUGGCCGUGACCGUGGCGGCGGCGGCCUGGCUGCUGGGUGGCCGGGAAGCCGGCUCGAGGCCCCGGCUGCUCCGCGCCGCCGAGCUGGCCCGCUACCGCGGGGACGCGGGCGAACCCGGCCUCUACCUGGCACUGCUGGGCCGCGUGUUCGAUGUGGAGGCCGGGAGGGCUCACUACGCGCGCGGCCGUGCCUACAGCGGCCUGGCCGGUCGCGAUGCCUCCCGAGCCUUUGUGACCGGGGACUUCUCGCAGGAAGGCCUGAGCGACGACGUGUCGGACUUUUGUCCCGCGCAGAUGCUCAUCCUGCGGGACUGGCUGCGGUUCUACGAGAAGAACUACGCCUUCGUGGGAAAGCUGAUCGGAAGGUUCUAUGAGGAAAAUGGAGAGCCCACUCCUGCCCUCCUCCUGGCGGAGGCCACCAUGGCCCAGGGGGUGGCAGCCAGGGAGACAGAAGACGGGCAGAGGCAGCAGUUCCCCCCAUGCAACUCGGAGUGGAGUUCGGCCAGCCCUGGCCGCUUCUGGUGCUCCAAACAGAGCGGAGGCGUGACCAGGGCCUGGGCCGGGGUCCCCAGAAAGCUGUAUCAGCCGGGGGGGAAGAAGCCCCGCUGUGUGUGUGUGAGAGCCACGGGCCCCCCCACCGGCCAGCCGGCCUCCGCCAGCCACGGCGACCGUGGCGACCUGGACGACCCGAGCCUGCAGGAGUACCCGGGCUGCCCGCCCCUGGCCAGCAGCUGCACCGUGCGAGACUGACGCCUUCGGCGGAGGAGGGGGCUGGGAGAGAAAGACGGGGCCCUCGGCUCAUGGAGGGGGCACAGCCCCCAGAGAGCCCUGGGUGAGGAGGGGGAGGGGAGACGUCCAGGAGGCGUGAAGCUCCAGCAGAGCAGCUGAAAGGGCGGGCAGGUGCCCUCCUCCCUGCCCCCAUCGGCCUGGCUGGGCAAGACCAAGGCAGGUGCUGGCAACGGGGGCCUCAGAGCCGGGGGCACCUUCAGGGAGCUUGGCCUUCAGCCGGCCAUGGAGCCACCACUGACCACGUGGAGCGGCCGGGCCGGCUUUGGGGUGAAUGAGUCAAACACCGUCGUUAAGCGCCCAGCAGUCGGCUCCUCCUCGGAACGGAGGGAGGUUCUCAUCCCGAGUCCCCGGCGGUCGUGGACCUGGCGCUCCUGGCUGGUGGUCAGGGACGGGCCGUGUGUGCUCCGACCGGCUCCCUUUGCUGGAGCCCCCGAGGACGUGGCGGCUUUUUUCUCUUCCCGAGAGCGCCCUGCUCCUUGUCCCGCAGAACCGCAGAAUUCCGGCACUCGCCCCACGGUGAGCCGGGGCCCCAUCGACGGGCAGCCCCUCAGCGUCCUUCACUUUGGCCCUGAGAAGGGAGCUGCUGGGAGAAGUUUUUGUGGGCACAGAUCAUGUCUUUUGGUCGUCUGUCCAUUGGGACACGGCUUUCUUUUGGGGGUGGGGGUCACGCAGCCGGGAAGUGUCAAGUCUCUGAGGUCCAAUUUGAACUCGGGUCCUCCCGACUUCAGGGCUGGUUCUCUCUCCACUGCGCCCCCUAGCGGCCCCCGGACAUGGCGUAUUUUUUAUAAACCUGACUCGGUUCCCGCAGUUUGAGAAACGAGACCUUACUCGAGACACUUGCUCCGAGAUUGUUUUUAUAGUGACGAGCGCUGACUGGGUUUGCUCCCGUUUAUUCUCUCCCUGGGGUUUUGGGACUGAGCGCCCCCCUCCCCCCAAUGCCAUCCCCCUCCUCCAUUCCUAAGAGAUUCCCGUCGCCACCACGUGGCUGGGGGCUGCGGGUCAUUCGGCAGAGGCGGUCACCCCCGUGAGCGUCUCUGUUUCCUGUGCUCUCACUGAAGAGAGCUGCGAGUUUCCAGGGACUCACUCUCGCUCCUGUGCAAAGGCCUCGGACCCCCUCCCCACCCUAACCCCCCCUCCCCCAGGCCCUCCCUGUCUCCCCGCCCCGGUGCCCGGCCGGGCCCUUCCGAUUUCUCACAACUUCCAGCUGAAAUGCUCCUUGGUUAAUUGGGGGAGGAGGGGAGCGUCCCCGGUUGCCGAAGUCCGGCUUCCUGGGCGUUGUUUCCGCCUAGUGGGCACGUGGGGCCAGAGCUGAGCAGGGCAAGUUUCACUCCCUUCCCCUCUCCCCCUUUUUUAUGGCGGUUCCUUGCACCAUCCCACGUCCCCUUUUCCCAGUUCCUGGAGCGCGCCCUCCUUAAUUUCCUCACUUUUUAAAAAGUUCUCCCUUUGUCUUCCGGACUGUGCCCUCUGCCUAUCUGUGCCCUCUACCUAUCUGUGCCCUCUGCCUAUCUGUGCCCUACCGGCCAUGACGAUGAGAAAGUUCUAAUGACUCGCGUAUCCUUGGGGCCAAACCCUUAGAGAAGAGUGUUCAGAACUUUUCCGUGUAAUUGGAGAAAGGUUUUGGAAAACCUAGAUGCUUUAGGGGCGGCCGGUCGGUGCAGUGGGGAGCGUCCCGAAUUCAGGGCUUGGGCUCCAAUCUGGCCUCAGACACUUAACCCGUCCUGGCUGUGCGACCCUGGGCAGGUCACCCCAAUCGCCUCAGCAAAAAUAAAUAAAAAGCAAGUGCUUUGUUA